AUGGGAGGUAUGAACUAUCAUAUCGAAAUCCUUUUCGAUGACGGAGUCCGAUGGUUAGCGCGUAUCCGAAGAUUCAACGCGACCUCACCACCGGCCGAUCUACGUGAUUAUAUCAUGCGGUGCGAAGUUGCAACUCUUCAAUUUCUAAGCAAGACCAGGGUCCCUGCGCCAAAGGUCUUCGAUUAUGGCCUACAAGGGCAAACUCCUAUUGGAGCCGGGUACAUCCUUAUGGAGAAACUCCCGGGAAAGUCACUGCGCUGGUCCCUCGCCUCUCCAGAACAAAGGAGGAAAGUUAUGACACAGCUGGCAGAUAUAUACAUUGAAUUGGAGUCACACCCCUUCAAUACUAUGGGGUCUCUAGACCAACCCGGGACAGAUCACGUUGGACCGUUUGCGCGAGAAUCAUUGACGGACUAUGUCAAUUCGCAGAUGCUUCCUCUUGGUCCCUACAAUAACCCCCAAGACUAUCUCCGUGCCAGCAUUGAACUUAAUCUAGGGCUAAUUAUGAAAGGGGAAAGCUACGCAGGGCGCGAAAUCGACGCAUUCUUAGUCAAUCGCUUUCUUUUGGAUAGCGUCCCUGAAGUUUUGCUACAUCAUAGCUUUGAUGACGGCCAAUUCUACCUGAGACACGCAGACGAUAAGGGAGACCAUAUCCUAAUAGACAGCGACUAUAACGUCACGGGAAUUAUCGACUGGGAAUGGGCUCACACUGAACCAAAAUCUGCAGCCUUCAAAUCCCCUAUCAUGCUCCUUCCCGUUGCCGACUUUUACAACAGCGUCAACUGCAUUGGCAAAGAUGAGUCAACGUUUGCAAACACACUAGAGGACAAAGGCAACAAACGGCUUGCGGAAAUAGUGAGGAAUGGCCGACUACUUCAUCGCUUCGAUUUCUGCUGCGGCUACGACUUUGCUGAUUGGGAAGGGUUUCUAGGCCUUUUUCAAGGUCUCCGAGACGCCUUAAACAAAGAUGCCGGUUUGAGCUGGGAAGACUGGAAACGGAACGCCCUGGACAGAUAUUCGGACGACAAACAGUUGAAGUUGCUCUUGGCACGGACAGAUUGA